AUGUCGUGCAUCGUCUCGAUGGGGGUGAAGAUAUUGAUACGGAGAUUGCUUCCUCUGGUGGCCGUGAUUCCUCUGAGGAACCCCGCCGCUCUGCCUCUCGGAGCGGUGGCAGCCGUGGUGCUCGUCGUGCAGCUCGCGCUCGGCCUCCCUCCCACGGCAAUGCUGGCCCUGCUCCUGAGCCCUCUCGCCGUGCUCGCCGUGCUGGCCGCGCUCGUGGUGCUGGCGGGGACGUCCCUAUGUCUCCUGGUGUUGCAGCCUCGCAUCGGGGCCCCGACCCUGCGGCUUUGGGAGCAUCUCGCGGUGGCUGCAAAGCUCGAGAUGGCCGCUACCUUCCCGUCGCAGGAGGCGCGGCCCGACCCGAACGCCACCCCGCAGGGCCCUGCCGCUAGGCUUUUCGACCCCUGGGCCGCGGCGGCGGGUGCGGGCGCCACCCCGCGGGCUCAGGCUGCUGCUGGUGGUGCUGCUGAUUGUGGCGAAGAGGAGGAGCAUGCUGCCUUCACUCGGGCCUUCUACCAUGCCGACAUCUCCGCGAGGUUCAUGCAGCUGCGCAAUGAGUUCGACAAUAUCGUUACUACGGCCAUCACCAAUUCUGUACAGCAGUCAAACGCUCCCAUCGUUGCCACGCUCGCCACUCUUCAGAAGCAGCUUUCCUCGCAGCACACCUCCAUUGAUCAGCAGGUCAUGGCAUCGGUGCGUCCGCAGUUUGAUACCAUGCAGCGCCAGUUUCAGGAGCAGCAUGACGCCCUAUCCCGUCGUGUCGACUACACUGAGCGGGACAUCGAGGCCCAGGCUGCCAAGCUGGCUGAGCUGCAGAAGCAGGUCGAGGAGCUACGCCGCCAGAGUGAGCUGGACCGACAACUUCCGUCGCGUCCCCCUGCCCCACCUGGUUUCGACCGCGAGAUCGACCCGACGCAGGUCAUUGUGGUCUCGUCCAAGCUCGUCGGUCUGGCUGGCGUCCGUGAGGUGGUCAACUCCUUCAUGGGCGAGCUCAACUUCUCUGAGGACGACACGUACACGAUCAAAGCCCUCACGCCGCUCCCCGCCAAAAAGUUUGCCGUGUGCUUCUCUGGGCCGAUCGGCCUGGCUUCCCGACGCGUGCAAAAGGCCCUCGCUAACCUCAAGUCGGACGGAGCAUGGCGGGUCUUCCAGUGCCCAGCUCAAGGUGCGGACCCAGCCCGUCUUCACUUUGGUCCUGACAAGUCGCCGAAACAGGUUCGUGGUGAGAUGCUCCUUCGUAAGGUCCGUUCUUCCCUCAUGGAGCUCGACAGUCAGAGAAAGUGGUUUGUUGAUCGGGAGCGGAGUGUUCUCAAGUCUGACUACACCGACAUCCUGCGGCUUGUCCCCCGGCCAGGCAGGGUGCUUCGUGUUGAUGUAGCACUUGGGCAGACACAGCUGGUGAUCUUCAACGUUCACAAUCACGGCUUGACCAAGGGGGAGGUACAAUCUGUCUGUGAGCAGAUCGAUUGUGCUCUGCGUCGCGCUGCUGAUGACCCACUCUCGUACUUUGUGGUUGUCUUGGGGGAUCUCAACUACAGUUGCGAUUCUUCUCUCAUCUUUCACCGACCUACUGGAGCACAGCGCCAGUUGACUCAAGAUCAUAAAGUACAUGCUCCAAUCUGGGCGGCUACACUUGGCAAGAUGAUGGAGAUUAACUCGGAAGCGGCGACCCAUUUCUGCAAGUUCACCAAUUCCAUCAACAUCAUCGACCGCUUCUUCUGCUCUGCCACAGGCUGGAUGAUGUGUCAGCUCAUGACUGAGGUUAACACCGUGGACACGCCUGAGCACCUGUGCUCCAUGGGCAUCUCGGAUCAUGCUGCUCUCUCGAUUCGGCUGCGUCUUCGGGGUGUGCGUCCCGCUGCUGAGCGGCCCAUCCCCAAGCACAUCUUCACCUCUGUUGCUUUCCAGCGCCGACUCCGAGGAAUGGUUGCUGAUGGUGAUGAGGAUCUGCUCCGAUGGAGCCCACCGGUGGCUACAGAGCACUACAAGUACAUGAUGAAGGAGGCCGCCAGGGAGGCCCGCGACACCCUCUUCUUCUCGGCCCCUGACCUGCCUGGGACGCUUCAGCUGGUUGCUCGUGGGAUAGCACGAGCGGUAUGGCGUCAAGACGCUGCCCUUGCCCUCAAGCUCAUCGAGACCUCCCAGCACGCCGCCGACGCCCUGACGGUCGACGGCCAGGUCGUCUCGCUGCGCCACGCCCCGUCCUUCGAGCAGUGGGCCGCUGGAGUACAUCGGCUGGUUCGGGAACGCACUGCGGCCCUGGCGGCCUACUGGACCCCUGUCUUCUCCAAGAAAGAGCCCCACCCUGUCAUGACCCAGAUGUACCUCGAUAGGUUCCUCACCAAGGCCUCUGACAUCGACCUGCACUGUCCUCUGACCCCAAUGUUUCGUAAGGUUCUCAGGCGUGCUCGUCACUCUGCUCCUGGUGUCGACGGGCUGCCUUAUGCGGCCUGGUCGGCGUGCGACUACGGCGCCCAGCACCUGGCCAGAAUGUUCGGAUGGCUAUGCCAAGGUCAGUCGUUGUUUGCCUCUGCCAGCGUCACCCUCCAGGCGUUCCUCCCCAAAGGUGCUGAUGACUCAGAUCUGCCGUCUGGGGUUUGUUCUCGGUCUCCCGAUAAGAUACGGGUCCUGGGGCUGCGUAACACCGACGUUAAGAUCCUGAGCUCGGUCAUGAACAGGGUCCUCGAGCCUGUCGCCCAAGCCGUUGCACCUGCUUCCCAGAGAGGCUUCAUUAGAGGACGAAAUUUCUGCUACAACGUGCUCGAGCUGGAUGUCCAUGCUCGGCUUGCUUCGCAACAUCCCCUAGCUGUGCGUCGUUCCCCUGUCCUCGUCGGGUUCGACUACGGGCAGGCCUUCCCGAGCUUGUCGCAGUCCUUCCUGCUACAGCUAUUGGGCUCUCUUGGGCUCCCCGCCGAGAUUCUCGCUUUUGUGGGCUGGAUGUAUUUGGCUGUUGAAGGUGUGGUCCUGGAUGGGGGAUGCUACUCGACCAUCUUCUGGAUCCGCUCGGGCAUCAUCCAAGGCUGUGGUCUCUCGGGAUCUUUGUACGCUCUCGCCUCCUCCCCCAUGUUGGCCGACCCCGAGCGGAGUAUUGAGCAACGUCAGUUGGGGAUAUGCCGUGCUUGUGCCGAUGAUCUAGGUGCUGUCCUAUAUGAGCUAGCCUCUCUGCGCAUCCUGGUGCGGGUCCUCGGUGUCAUGGAAAAGAUUGCGGGCCUCAAGAUUAAGAUCAGCAAGUGCACCCUGGUCCCUCUCGUCGGCCGCAUGACAGAAACCCUGAAAACCAUGACCCAGACCCAGCUGGCCUCUAUCGCGAGUGACUGGUCAGGCUUUGCUGUUGAGGGGUGGUUGCUUUAUCUUGGGAUGAUCUUGGGCCCUGAUGCGACG